CUGCCGCCAUGUCCCUGGGUAAUUACAGCAGCCUGAACCGGGCCCAGCUUACCUUCGAAUACCUGCACACCAACUCGUGAGUACCGGCUGGGGUGGGGUGGGCCCGCGGCAUCCGGCCUGCUCGGGACCCCGGCUCAGUGCGAUGGGCCCGGCCGAAGCCACGCGGGCCAGUGGGGCUGAGCGGCUGCCUGCCCCCAGUCCGGGCGCUUCGUGGUCCUUCCGGGACCGGCUUUUGUACCGCGGGCAGGUCCGCGGGUCACGGAGAGCCAGUGCGUGGGCACAAGAGGCCCCGGGAGGAACGAGGAGUCACCUUGGGCAACCAAACCCGCACGGUCGGAUCUCUGCGGAACAGUGUGUGUGCGCUGUCGUGCCGGCCACCAUCCCUCUGUAGCAUCUGGCUUUGUGUGUGACUGAGUGUUUUGCAGGUUUAUUUUUAACAGGAUUAUGGUACUCUUUUUCCAGUCAGAUUUUUUUGCAUGUCGCCAGUGAAUCUCCCAAAAUAACACCUCUUGAGAAGAGGCAAAGCCAUUAUUUACCAUGAGUUUCUUGUGGGUGCAUGUCUAGAAAAUGAGGAGCACCAUCAGGGAGCAGCAUUUAAGUGGGGUCAGGCACCCAUCAACACUUCCUGCUGCUCCUGAGCUUUUUAAUGGCAUGUAUACAGGAGAUGGAAGAGCUCGUUCUGCCCGAAUUGGAAGAACUCUGUGGAACCACUUGGUAUUGCUUCAUUCUGAUCAGCUGGUCACCGGCGAAGAUUGUCUGCUGAUGUUCUGUGGAAGAGUUGACUUACUGUCCAUCAAUAGAAGAAUAAAUAAAGUGCAGGCUUAUCUUUUUGUUUCCCUUUUCAGCAUGUGAAGGAUCAGUGGUCUACAGCAGUCCAAAGAAGGCACAGAAACAUGGGCAACUUUGUUUCAAAGGAUUUUUGUCUGGUUUGUUUUGUUGGUAGUGAGAUACAUCUACAAGAGCAGUUAAAACUAAUCUCACAUAUGCCAAGACCAUUACAGUCCAUUCAUUUUCAGAAUCAGGAAAGUAAUGGGCUUUGAACAGGGAAAUAAACCUAGUAAUGGCUCCAUGUCACAUUUGGGUCUGCUCUUUAGCUUAGCUGGUGGCAGUUGCAUAUGGAGUGAACAAUCUGGUGCCUGAAGAUGGACAAUACUGAGUCAUGUUGUGGUGCUGUUGUUGAUUUGUGAAAUUCUCAUGUCCAGCUCCAGAAGACAAUCUUUUCUUUUGUGGAUAAGAAGACUGUGCAGAUGAUGGCAAUGUUCUUUCAGCAGCUUGUGUUUGCCUGCAAAGCUCCAGAACUCUGUCCAUCUUCAUAAGAAGAUAAAGCCUGUGCUAAAGACUGAGUUGUUCCUGCUGCUGUCAAGUAUAUUAAAUAACUACCCAUGAGUUCUUGUUUGGUGCCCUUGCUGAACUUGUAGAUAAUGCCAGCUGUUGGGCCACCUGUCUCAUCUGUGUGUGGAGGGAAUCCCUGCUACAGAAGCCUCCCAAGCCUUGCGUGCUUUUGUCUUGAGCUAGAGGAAGUACUGUCAUGAAGCACAAUGGAAGUAUUUUGGGAUUGUUUUCUCUCAAAGAGAUGCAGAUGCCACGAGAAUAGACAUUUAUACUGAGCAACGAGAGGACCUACGAGGUGGAUUCAUGCUAUGUUUUUUGGAUGAUGGAACAGGAAUGGAUUCAAAUGAAGCUGCCAGUGUUAUCCAGUUUGGUAAAUCAGCCAAGCGAUCACCUGAGUCCACUCAAAUCGGGCAGUAUGGAAACGGCUUGAAAUCGGGUUCCAUGCGGAUUGGGAAGGAUUUUAUCCUGUUCACAAAGAAAGAUAACACCAUGACUUGCCUCCUCUUAUCACGGACGUUCCAUGAGGAAGAAGGCAUCGACGAGGUCAUCGUUCCCCUACCCACCUGGAAUGCACGGAGCCGUGAACCCCUGACGGACAACAUGGAGAAAUUUGCUAUUGAGACGGAGCUCAUUUACAAGUAUUCCCCUUUCAAAUCAGAAUGGGAAGUGAUGGACCAGUUCAAUAAGAUACGUGGUGAGAAAGGCACUCUGGUGAUCAUCUUUAACCUGAAACUAAUGGAUAAUGGAGAGCCAGAGCUGGAUGUGACUUCUGACCCUCACGAUAUUCAGAUGGCAGAAACACCCCCAGAGGGAACCAAGCCGGAGCGACGCUCCUUCCGUGCCUAUGCUGCUGUGCUUUAUAUUGAUCCCAGGAUGAGGAUCUUCAUCAAUGGACACAAAGUACAAACCAAACGACUCUCAUGCUGCCUCUACAAGCCAAGGAUGUACAAAUACACUUCAAACCGUUUCAAGACCCGUGCAGAGCAAGAGGUGAAGAAAGCAGAGCACUUGGCAAGGAUAGCGGAAGAGAAGGCUCGCGAGGCGGAGAGCAAAGCCCGUGCCCUCGAGUUACGCCUUGGAGGGGAUCUCACGCGGGAGUCUAGGGUGACAUUGCGUCAGGUCCAGAACUCGGCCAUCACCCUACGGCGGGAGGCUGACGUCAAGAAAAGGAUUAAGGAUGCAAAGCAGCGGGCACUGAAGGAGCCCAAGGAGCUGAAUUUUAUCUUUGGGGUGAACAUUGAGCAGCGCGAGCUGGACGGCAUGUUCAUUUAUAACUGCAGUCGGCUGAUCAAGAUGUAUGAGAAGGUGGGCCCACAGCUGGAGGGUGGCAUGGCAUGCGGAGGAGUGGUAGGCGUGGUGGAUGUGCCCUAUUUGGUUCUGGAGCCAACCCAUAAUAAACAAGACUUUGCUGAUGCCAAGGAGUAUCGACACUUGCUGAAGGCCAUGGGAGAGCAUUUGGCUCAGUAUUGGAAGGAUGUUGCAAUAGCCCAGAGAGGUAUCAUCAAGUUCUGGGAUGAAUUUGGUUAUUUAUCAGCAAACUGGAACCAGCCUCCGUCUAGUGAACUGCGUUACAAGCGCAGGAGAGCCAUGGAGAUCCCCACCACAAUUCAGUGCGAUGUCUGUCUGAAGUGGCGGACUCUCCCAUUCCAGCUGAGCUCGGUGGAGAAGAACUACCCUGACACCUGGGUGUGCUCCAUGAACCCUGAUCCUGAACAAGACAGAUGUGAGGCUGCAGAGCAGAAGCAGAAGGUACCACUGGGAACUCUAAAAAAAGACUUGAAAUCAAAUGAGGAAAAGCAGAAACAACUGACAGAGAAAAUCCGCCAGCAGCAGAAAAAGCUGGAAGCUCUGCAGAAGACCACUCCAAUUCUAUCUCAGGCUGACUUAAAGAAACUACCUCUGGAAGUGACUACACGGCCUUCAAGGGAGCACACCCGAACUCAGCGCCCACGAUCUCCUCCUUUGCCUGAUGUAAUCAAGAAUGCUCCCAGCAGGCCACCAGGAUCUUCACCUCCUCACAAGUCCUGCACUCAGCUGAAAAAAAGUUCUUCAGAUCGUCCAAAUACCAGCUCCCCCAAGCUAGCCAGCAUGCUCUUCAAGGAGGAGGCCAGCACUUCCAGGACACACCAUCACACUGUGACAGCUGGGAAGUCUAACAGCACUUUAAAAACUCUUGCCAAGCCAGGUGCAAGCAUGAAGUCUCUCUCUGGCCAACAGAGCCCCAAAAGCUCACGUGAGACACCCAAUCCAAAAGCAGCCAAGGUGCCAGCAGUAAGGAAAUCUGCCUCUGGCAGAUGUUUACAGGCCUCCAACACUCGAAAGAGGGCCUUGAACAUCACAGAGGAUGGGUCUGAGGAGGAGGGUGAGCCCAAAAAGGAGAGGACAAAACGAGGAAAAUUUUUGGCAGUGAAAGAAGAGAAGGAUUCCAAUGAGGUGGUGGUGGAGCUCACAGACAGUGCUGGAGAGGAAGAGUUGUUGGAACUGAAGAAAGCACAGAAAGAUAAGGGGCUGCACGUGGAAGUGCGUGUGAACAAGGAAUGGUUCACAGGCCGUGUCACAGCUGUGGAAAGGAUCAGGCAUGCAAUCCGGUGGAAGGUGAAGUUUGAUUAUGUCCCUACAGACACCACACCAAGGGAUCGCUGGGUAGAGAAGGGCAGUGAGGAUGUAAGGCUUAUGAAGCCUCCCUCUCCUGAGUACCAGGCUCCAGACACACAGCAGGAAGAGGAGGUGGUCAUGGCUGAACCUUCUACCUCGGAUUGCAUCAGAAUCGAGCCUGACACCACUGGUCCCAGCAGCAGCCAAGAAACAGUUGACUUACUAGUCCAGAUCCUUCGGAAUUGUUUGCGAUACUUCUUGCCUCCAAGUUUUCCAAUCUCCAAGAAUGAGCUGAGUUCCAUGAGCUCAGAAGGGUUGUUGGCAUUUCCCUUGAAAGAAUAUUUUAAGCAGUAUGAGGUGGGUCUGCAGAACCUGUGCAAUUCAUAUCAGACACGUGCCGAUGCCCGGGCCAAAGCCUCUGAGGAAAACCUCCGGAACUUAGAAAGGAAGCUGAGGGAAACAGAGGAGAAACUGCAGAAGUUGAGGACUAAUAUCAUGGCCCUUCUGCAGAAAGUGCAGGAGGACAUUGAUAUUAAUACAGAUGAUGAACUGGAUGCAUAUAUUGAGGACUUGAUCAUGAAAGGUGACUGAGCAUCUCCAGCACAAGUCGUGGAGAAGUGCAGAAGAGCUGGCUGCUGUAAAGGGAGAUGUGGAUCUCUGUGCAGGUGGACUGAGGCAGCUGAUGAGGAGAGAGUUUUUUAGACAGUGCUCAUGUUGGUGUACAACUUGUUCCUGUGACUGUACAUGAGAAACAUUUGUGCUGUUGGCAGGAAAAUUUUUAACUUUGUAGUUCUCUGAAUCUCUUCCUUUUGUUUAUAAAUAUUUAUUUUUAAAAGAAAUGGGAACUGUGCCUGUUACAAUGGCUGUUUUUGUGAUGUAGAAAUGUGACUACCGCUUUUGCAACUCAAGUGUAUUCAUAUGCUAAACCUGGGAGCUCGGAGCACCCUGCUUAGCUUACUGGUUCUCCAGCAAGAACCUGGCAGUAAUUAAAAAAUAAUUUUAAGCCUUGAGUUGUGGCAGAGGGGAUUAGGCUUUUUUUGUGGAAGAUACUGAACUUGAGGUAGAGAAAGCCAAGCCAUGAAUUAGAGCUAUAGAAAGGAGAUGUCCUUGAAUGAGUGUGAGUAGAGGGGAUGGAACGUUGAUGGAACUCGGAAAUUUGGCACUGGCACCUGCAGUGAGCUUCCUGGACAGGAGGUUGCUGCAAGUGGGCGAAACUGCCACUGUGGUAAUAGCCAAGAGGCUGAGGUCCUUCUAGAAGAGGAUCACCCCUGGACUGCUCACAGUGGGCUGUGAGCAUCAGAGGAAGAAUGCUGGCGUUCGGGUUCUCUGCUUGCAGUCACUUUAUCGCUCACUUCUGCUGCUGUUUCUUUGAGACAUAAUUACAGCAUCAGAAGAACUCCUCAUCCACCUGACAAUAAAGUGACCCCUGUUCUAUUUUCA